GAGAGCAGCCCAAUGAAUCGUAUCGAAAAAAAUACACUGCCGGAACAUCUGAAGUAACUCCGGGCCUCGUGAAAUGAAAUAGCGGAACUUAAAAAAUGGAUAAUCGCCAUAUAAAAUUCAAAAACGUCAUCAGGACUUUCUGUGGCUACUUCAUUAAAAUAAAAUUCAAAAGUGGACAACGUCUGUCGUUUACAGAAAUUUGUGUUCUUGUGUUAUUUUUUUUGUUAGGUUUAAGUGUUAAUAGUAGUGAGUGCAAUAGGCCACCGAGAUUUAUCACAGAUGGUCAGACAGAAAUAGUUUUAAGACUGAAGGAAGGAGCUGAAACACCUGUAGCCCAAGAGGAAUACGCUCUGGUACUCACGCUCACCGACGGCCACUUGGGCUACGGCAACUACAUUACCCAAGGCCUCCUGCUGCUAGUCGAAGACGUCAACGACAACACGCCGAUAUUCGAAAGUUACCAGCCGACCAUCACCCUUCCCGAAGACGCUUCUCCAGGUACAAUAACAACUCUCAAGGCCACGGAUGCUGACGAAGGACCGUACGGACAGGUCAUAUAUUUUCUUCAAGAAGGGGACGGCGACGAUCAUUUGUUUGCGGUUAACACGGUGGGAGAAAAGGCCGUGGUGCGAUUAGUAGCCGCUUUGGAUUAUGAAAGGCAGACCGUACAUCAGCUCAAAAUUCUUGCAAUCGACAGAGCCAAAGAAGGUAGAGUAAACACCGCAACUGCAGCGCUUUUGAUAAAGGUAGAAGAUGUAGAAGAUCAACCUCCCGAAUUUGUUAGAGUGUCUCCAGUAGCUAGAAUAGAAGAAAACAGCCCUAUUGGGUCUUCUGUACUUCAAGUCGUGGCAGUGGAUGGUGAUCGUGGUAUAAACAACCCCAUCGAAUACUCUCUAACGUCAAAUGGUCUGAACAGGAUAUCUGAUAUUUUUUCUGUUGAGCGAGAUACAGGAGUAGUUCUAACAACAAGCUUUCUAGACAGAGAAGCAUUGCCAGCUGGGGCUGGAACUUAUAUUCUUCAGAUUACGGCUAAAGAAGUUGGAAGUAAAAUAGUACCAGCACCAAUAGCGACAACUGAAGUCACUGUAAUGGUCACUGAUGUCAACGACGAAACACCAAAAUUCAAAAGCAACUACUACGAAUGCGAUAUAGCUGAAAAUUCUCCUGUAAAUACUCCGCUGACAUUUUUAGGAAAUUCGUUACCAGAAGUUUAUGAUUACGACCAGGGAAUAAAUGGUACUUUCCAUCUUUACGUCAAAGGUGCUGGAGACACCUUCGAUAUAACUCCCAACAAAGCUGUUAACGAAGCAACGUUCAUGAUUCGGGUCAAGAACAGUACCGCCUUGGAUUUCGAGAAGAUCAAGAAGCUCAACAUCACUCUGAUCGCCAAAGAAGUCGUUAAAGAUAACCCGAAAUUCAGUGAAGCCGCUGUUACCGUUAAUCUUCUCGAUAGAAACGACAACUUUCCAGAAUUCACCAAAAGCCUUUACGAAGUCUUCGUGCCGGAAAAUUGCGACGUUGGAACUACAGUUGCAUGGAUACAAGCUCUGGAUGACGAUUCUGGAAAAUUUGGGACAAGAGGGAUCAGAUACACGAAUGUGGCUGGAAGUAUAGAUUAUAUGACGCUUUGUUACGAAGGUACCAAAAAUAGUGAAAUAGAAUACGAACUACUCGGCACGAUGAAAGACAAUUUCACCAUAGACUCCGUGACAGGAGUUAUCCAAGUUAAAUAUCCCGUAGAUUUUGAAAAUCUCAAAGGGACAUCCAAGGAAAACGUGAGGAUAUUGUACUUAACCGUAAGGGCGAGAGAUUGGGGAAGUCCCAGCUUGUUUACAGAUGCCCCUUUGCUGAUAUACGUCGAAGAUGUUAACGAUAACAAACCCAUGUUCGAGUAUACUUUUUACAAUAAAUCGGUGGCAGAGAAUGUUCCUGGAGCAACAUCAAUACUUCAGGUACAUGCUCGUGACUUGGACGGCUCAUCUCCAAACAACCACGUUGUCUACCGAAUCCAAAACGGAGCUUCAGACAAAUUCACCAUCGAAGCUGAAACAGGAAUCAUCAGAGUAGCCAAGGGGGCCUCUCUAGAUCCCGACCUCACACACCCAAGGACCAUGCGCUACUCCCUAGAAGUCGUGGCCAUCGACGGAGCCCCGGGAGACAGUCAGCUUCAAGACGCGGUUACUGCCGACAUCCAAAUCGUCGACGUCAACAAUAAGCUUCCGAUAUUCGAGGAACCGGGAGCUGUGUAUGUUUUGGAGAAUGCGCCGGUCGGCACAAUCAUCGCCAACCUGACCGCUAAGGAUCAAGACUCCACAGCAAAACUAGUUUAUAAAAUCAACGACGACGAAUGUAUAGCCAGAAACGAAAGAGGAAUCGUUUUAAGAAGACAAGAUUUGGACUGUUCCAGCUCUUUCCACCUAGAACCAAUAACAGGCGUGAUGAUCGUUAAUAAACAACUAGAUAGAGAAACAGUGGAAAGUUUUCAUGUUGGGCUAGUUGUUGAAGAUGUAAAUUCAGAAACUGGUCCACAAAAAGCUCACGCAUCAAUAAAGGUCAACAUUGAGGAUGUCAACGACAACAGUCCCAAAUUCAGAAAACCCUUUUAUAAAUUCAGUGUGGCGGAGAACAGCAAAAACGGAGUUCCCAUUGGGACAAUAAUAGCUGACGACUUGGACAAAAACAGGACCAUCACGUACGGUUUGAUGAGCCCCAUGGAAAUAUCGAACUUGAUUUAUUUGGAUCCAGAGAGAGGAGAUCUGGUUGUAUCAGGGAAAAUCGACCACGAACUUUUUCAGUGGCUAAAUUUGACGAUAAAAGCAACCGAUAAUGGUAUGCCGCCCAGAUCUAGCGGGGUGGAAGUCUUCAUCCAAAUCCUAGAUGAAAACGACAAUAACCCCUACUUUCUCGCAGAACCGAACUCCAUCUUAGUACCGGAAGACAUCCACGUGGGCAGAGAAAUAGCCAAACUACAAGCGAUAGACGCCGAUUCAGGGGAAUACGGGAAAAUAACCUACCUCAUGGACAGGCUGUCGUCUCAAGGAAAGUUCAGUUUGGAUGCCGAUACCGGGAUAUUGAAAGUGGCCGAUAAACUCGACAGAGAGGAGAAAGCGAAUUAUUUGUUGAUUAUAGAAGCUUGGGAUAAUUAUCAGUACGGGUUCAAUAGCGGUGAAAGUAGGAAUGCUUUCAAACACGUCAACGUAACCAUUUUGGAUGUGAACGAUAAUGCACCUGUACUCCACGUCCCUCCGUAUUGCGUAAAUAUAACAGAAUUCCACGAACCAGGGCAACCUGUAACAGCUGUUCACGCCUCAGAUGCUGAUGAUCCGGAAACUUCAAACGGACAGGUUAUAAUCGAUAUUGCAGACGGUAACGAGCAGAACCUUUUUGGACUCCAAUUAGUAUCAGAAUGGUCGGUUGAUAUCAGGACUACCACGUCUCUUAGAGGAAGACACGGUAAUUAUACUCUGAUAAUGAGGGCUCAAGAUUUGGGAAUGCCUAGUCUCCUUGUUGAGGAACCUCUGAGAAUUUGUGUUACGGAUUACAAUGAUCAUGCGCCUAUUUUCGUCAGUCCUCCACCAAAUUCUACACUGAAAGUACCAGAGAAUGCAACGGUGGGCAGUGCUUUGAUCCAAAUCGAAGCGAAAGACGAGGACUCUGGUUUAAAUGGAGCAGUUAGAUAUCGUCUGAAGGCAGAUCCUGGUGGACACUGGAAGUUUUUCGAACUGCAACCAGUGUCGGGAAUUCUGGAGCUACGUUUGCCGCUGGACAGGAAGAAACAAAAAAUAUAUGACAUACGCAUAGAAGCUUAUGAUCUAGGUGUUCCAACAGCAUUAAGUUCAGAUUUAGAUUUGACUGUAUACGUGAGCGAUAUGAACGAUUACCAACCCCAAUUCAUGGUUGACGAGUUUUUUGUGAAUUUUACAGAAAAUCGUGCUCCUGAAAUUGAAAUGGUUAAACUACCAGACACCAUCGACAGGGAUGAAUUCGAAUAUGAUGGGCCCGUUGGACCCAUUUGCUAUUAUAUCAUUGGUGGAAACGAAAAUAACCUAUUCCAUCUCAACCCUAUCGAUCAUACACUGGUGGUUGCAGCCCCUCUAGACAGAGAACAACAAGAUACCCAUCUACUCCUGAUAAAAGCCACCGAAGAAUGUAACAAACCCCCGAAAAACGAAAGUUUCUUCGAUGCCGACGACGACACCCAACUAAAAGUCAUCGUCAGAGUGCUCGACGUCAACGACAAUGCCCCCAAAUUCGUCCACAGGGUGUUUACCGGAGGCGUGAGUACCGCUACCAGUUUCGGAACGAAAUUUAUGCAAGUCAGAGCCGAGGAUGCAGAUAUCGGACGAAACGCUCUAAUAUCGUAUUAUAUCAUCGGGAGGAUCCAAAUGACGUUGACGGAGGGAUUGGACAAUUUAGAGCGACCUCCCUUUCUGGUGGAACGGGAAACUGGUGCUGUACGACUGAAUUUUGACCCUCAGAGAGAGAUGAAAGGAUAUUUUGAUUUUGCGAUUUUGGCAAAUGAUACUGGAGGUUUGCAAGAUACAGCAAGGGUUUUCAUAUAUCUCUUGAGAGAAGAUCAACGAGUGCGGUUUGUUUUGAGACAGAACCCCCCAGAACUCAGGAACAAAAUUGAGGCAUUCAGAGAGAUCUUGGGAAAUGUGACCGGAGCUAUAGUGAAUGUAGACGAGUUUAGAGUUCAUGCAAAUCACGACGGUACCGUUGAUAAAACUCGAACAGAUCUGUAUCUCCAUCUUGUGGAUCGGAACGAUAACUCCAUCUUGGAAGUGGACGAGGUUUUACGACUGGUUGAUCAAAAUACUGAAAAACUGGAUGACCUCUUCAAAGAAUUCAAUGUACUUGAUACGCAACCUGGAGGAACUCUGGCUCUGAAAUCGCAGUUGCAGAACGCUAGUACUACGUUUUGGCUUUCUGUGUCGUGUCUAUUUUUGAUUUUACUGCUACUGCUUUGUUUAGCCCUUUGUGUUAAUCAAAGGCAAACAUAUCACAGAAAACUAAAAGCAGCCACAGCCACAGCUUACGUUGGUGCAGAUUCAGAAAUUGAUGGAAGAGGUUUGGGUAUUUUAAGUGGUCGAGUACCAAACACCAACAAGCACAGUUUGGAGGGCAGCAACCCGAUUUGGUUGAAGGCAUAUGAAAACGAAUGGUUCAAGAAUGUAGACGAUAUAAGUCAAUCGGAGCACGACUCUUUGGAUGAAAACGUCGUUUGUUGUGAAGACUCCUUGCCUCCUGUAGAACAAAUUCAAGAACAAAAUCCUCAACAAGGAAGACCUCAAAACGUCUACCAAACUUUACCAAUUCCACCUGUACCUCUGGCAAGAAAAUUGGAGACUACAGAGUUAUGAUUCAAAUUCAAGAUCAACAAUUACUUCAACAGCGUCAGAGUUAGUCCUCUUUCGGACAUAUAUGAAGAAUCUGAGUGAAGGUAUCUCGAUAAAUGUUUCAGUUAUGAAACUAUACAAACCAGUGCAACGAUUAACUAAGUUUUAUAUUUUUAUAUAUUUUCACUGUAAAUAUACCGAAUCAAUAAAUUUCAUAGAUGAAG